AUGUUAAUCACGCGAGAUCACUCACGCAGUACCACAUACCGAAGGAUCGUGUUUCUAAGGAAGUCAUCUCGCUCUUAAUCUGCUAUGGUUUUCUUUACCUUCUUUAGCGGGAUCUUCACUCGUGUUAUCUUUCUUGUGCACGGAGUAGUAAGUGUGUAUCUUGUGUUUCUUUAUAAGGAGAAUGACACAAUCUACUGGUGGCUAUGUACUGGACUGUUUUUACUUUUGAUUGAAUCGUUUUACACUAUCGUCAUCCGGAAAGGCCAAGAGUAUAAAUAUUUUUGGCCAAGCAGCUUUUUAUACAUGUCGACUUUGAUACCUACCAUCUGGGUGGCUGAGUUGGCUAUUUUGAAUGAGAAGCUCAAAUCAGGUCCAGAAAACUGCACGUUAGAUACCGAACAGAAUUAUGAUAAAAUAGGCGGACUGAUAACAGUGAGGACAGACUCUAGCCAGCUGGCACAGAAGUUUUCCAAACUCGGUCUGAUCCUGUUGAUUAUUGUAGGCCGCUGGUUACUUCCCAGAGGAGAACUAACACGUGACCAGCUUUCUUCACUUUUAUUAGUUUACGUGGCAAAUGCUGCGGAUAUCAUGGAGUUGUUUGAAGUUUUUGAUCAAGAACCAAAACUGUGGUGUAUAGAGGGCGUGGCCCUAGCUGUCCUGGCCACAUAUACUUGGUCCUUUCUGCAGUUUUCCCUCGUGUUUACUGCCACAGCAGAAACUGUUCCCGACACAAAGGAAAUACCGAAGACGCCAACCCUAGAGGAAAAUAACACUGAUCGAUCGCGCGACGGUCAAACGAAGUUACCAAAGUAUAUCAAGAAACUAAUAAAACAGAAGCAAAAAAAUGAACUGACCAAGAUUGAAAAGUACACGGAUUUACGUGCAGCUGUCGACCAAAUGAAACAACUCAAAGCUUACAAAGAUCGCGGCAGACAAGCAAGGUUCUCUAUACACGACACAGCAUUAGAGGUUGUGCAAGUACAACGAGAAGUUCGACGUGAGGAAGAAAUCCUCGAGAAGCAGAUCAAACAAAGACAAAAACUUAAACUGCACGGUGACUUGUAUUCAAUUUUGACUUUAAUGUUGAUGCAGGAUGGACCAUUUCUUAUCGUGCGCCUUGUCUUGAUAAUUGCUUAUGACGUGCAAGCUCUAUUACAUAUAUUUUUCACGGGAAAGAAUGCAAUGGCAUUAGCUUUACUUAUUUACAGGCUAGUGAUUUUGGUAAUGGAAUCGAGUGAAGACGAGGAAGAAACUGAUAGAGAUAGUGAGUUUUAUAUGGCGUUAGAGGCAUAAAUGUAAAGUUCCAACUACCAAGUCUUGUGCAUAACUUCCAAGGAAUGCAAAAUCAUGUCGAAACUGAUACGAUGGGUUCAUUGACAGCAAUUUUUUUCAUCCGUCACUCGACGAUGACUUUACACCGACCAUAAAGGAUUUGAACAAGACGGUUUCGAAGCAGCAGAGGAUUUAGCACUUCGUUCAAUGCCGAGGAAUUUCAGAACAGAACAAAAGUUGGGAAACGUUUGUUCUUUGGGCGUGUUCGCCUCUUGCAAUCGAACGCACUAUUGUUUUAUAUUACACUGAGGAACGGCCGACCAAAAUGAGAACUUCCUCUGUGGCUGACUACACGCCAUUCAUAAGUCCGUGUGACAGGCAGUCAGUAGGAUCAUAAGUUUGUUUACCAUUUGUUUACCUCUGUUUAUCAUCUGUUUACCUCUGUUUACCAUCUGUUUACCUCUGUUUACCUCUGUCUAUCAUCUGUUUAUCAUCUGUUUACCAUCUGUUUACCUCUGUUUAUCUACUUCAUUACAUUUCUCACCCUUUCCCUUUCAGUAUCAUGAUCAGACAAACUAAUAGUGUUCUCAAAAAUUAGAUAAGUUACUCUCAAUUGCCAUAACAAACAGUUUAUUACACUGCAGUGCAUGGUUAAUAAUAUGUGAUGGUUCUUGUUUUCACCCAGUUCUUUCAAAUAAACUUAAUUCCUGGAAGAAGAAAGGAAAGUAAGUGUGCCAAGGGCUCAUAAUCUGGGCCACUUUUUAAAACACUUAUUGUAACUUUGUACACUUAAAAGUAUUUAUUAAUCACCUAACUUAUCAGUAGAUUUUAGAGCUUUAGAAAUAUUAAAAAAAAAAAAAAACACUUUCCCCAAGAGAUUCGAAUAUUGAAAAAUUUUUA